AUGAGAGAUCAGUACAGAAGUCCGGGUCCCAAAUAUAAACUCAAAACACUUGUCGGUUACAAAGAGCAUUGUCUUUCCAGACAUAGAAAUCCAGCAUAUACAUUUGGUAUAAGACAUCAUAUUUUUGAAGAAUGUUUAUCACCAGGACCAAAAUAUGUAUUAGACAGACCUAAACGUAAUGGUUUUUCAUUUGGAUUAAUUUUUUCUAUUUUAUUAGUACCUUUUUGUGGCCCUGGUCCAAAAUAUUUAUUGCCAACUCCAAAAGGGCCAUCUUUUACAAUAAAAUCAAGAACGAAAACUAGACAAACUUGUGUUACACCAGGUCCUAUUUCUGUAAGCCUUCCUCGAGCAGGUCCUGCUUUUUAUAUAGGACAACGUUUGCCCGUUCUAAAACGUGAUUGUGUACCAGGUCCCAAAAUUUAUAAUGAUAUAUUGGUUAAACAAAGAGCUCCAAUGUACAGUUUAUCUUAUAGGCAUCCUAUGAAAGAAAUUUGUCGCUCUCCCGGUCCAAAAUAUAAUCUUAAAUUUGGAAAAACACCUCCCAUAUAUUCUUUUGGAAUCAAACAUAAUGAAUGCGCUCUUCCUUAUUUUAUUGAAUGUGAUGAUCAAUGUUAAAAACUUGAAAA